UAUCCGCAGACAGAGAUCAGUGAAGGGCUCUUCUGCAGCGCUCUAUUACUUGGCUACACUCGGGCACCUGCUUUGCCAAGUGCUCGACUUGGGCGCAUCAUUCUGUUGGUCCCCUUGGAAAAGUCAUAAGACCUGGACGAUAUCUGGGAGAGAGCGGCGCCGCUUCCCUGGCACGGAUAGGUGGCGGUUUGUAAGUGGCAUCAUGAGGAUUUAUGUGUUCUCUGAAAGAUCAAAUGAGUCAUCUUACUGAUAACCCUGUUAUUAAUCUUCUUUCAACAAAACCUUCCACUUUGUACCACUGACUGACCACCAUGACUGAAUGUCCAGACUGCCGAUUCAGUAAUCUCACUUGGGAUCAGAUUAUUAUUCUUGAUCAGGUGUUGACAGAGGUUAUACCUAUUCAUGGAAGAGGAAACUUUCCAACAAUGGAGGUGAAGCCAAAAGAUAUUAUACAUGUUGUGAGAGAACAACUGCUAAAAAAGAAAAUAAUUGUGAAAGACAUUCGCCUGAAUGGAUCUACAGCAAGUCACAUUCUGAUAAAACAAAAUGGAACAAGUUGCAAAGAUCUAGACAUAAUUUUUGGUGUAGAACUUCCAGGGGAGCAGGAAUUCCAGACCGUUAAAGAGAUUGUCUUGGAUUCUCUUCUAGAUUUCUUACCUAAAUGUGUUAACAAGGAAAAGAUCACCGCCCUAACCAUGAAGGAGGCAUAUGUCCAAAAGAUGGUUAAGGUUUCUACUGAUCAUGAUCGCUGGAGUUUAAUUUCUUUGUCUAAUAACAGUGGGAAAAAUGUUGAACUAAAGUUUGUCAACUCUCUUAGAAGGCAAUUUGAAUUUAGUGUUGAUUCUUUUCAGAUAAUACUAGAUUCAAUUCUGAGUGUUUACACAGAUGAUAAAAAUGAACUUAAACAAGAUUCGCAUCCUACAGUUGUUGCAGAGAGCAUGUAUGGUGAUUUUAUGGAAGCCAUGGAGCAUUUGAGAUGCAAGCUUAUUGCAACAAGAAAUCCUGAGGAAAUCAGAGGUGGAGGCCUUCUUAAAUACAGCAACCUACUGGUUCGUGAUUUCAAGCCUGCAAGUGAAGCAGAAAUCAAAUCCUUGGAACGCUAUAUGUGCUCUAGAUUUUUCAUUGACUUUCCAGAUGUGACAGAACAGCAAAGAAAGAUAGAAUCAUAUCUGCGCAACCAUUUUAUUGGAGAAGAGAAAAGCAAGUAUGACUACUUAAUGACAUUGCGUUCAGUGGUGAAUGAAAGCACAGUCUGUCUCAUGAGUCAUGAGCGAAGGCAAACUCUUAACAUGAUUACUAUUCUAGCAUUGAAAGUCCUAGGAGAGCAGAACAUCAUCCCAAAUACCGCAAAUGUUACAUGCUUUUACCAGCCUGCUCCUUAUAUGAGUGACAGGAACUUUAGCAAUUACUACAUUGCUCAAGGACAACCAGCUAUCUACUACCAGCCUUACCAACUUCACAUACACAUGCAGAGUGGGCUGGUUUAGUGUGCGUUUGAGAACAUUGCUGAAAAAGGUUUCAGUAAAUUCAUGUGUAAAGCCCUAUCACUAAAUGACAAUGUGUUGUGCAAAAUGCCACUUAAAGUAAAUACUCAAGUAUUUAUCCAGUAGACCACUAUACUUGCCACUAUGGUCCACCUCUUACAACUUGCUUUUAACAUUCUAAACUAUUAUUAUUCAUUUGUGUUUACAAAAAUGUCUACCAAUGAUUCUAUAAUACUGUGAUAUAACAGAAGUUUCUUUUACUGCAGAAAUUUAUAUUUUAGUAACACAGUGCCAAUGACUUUAGGGGACAUAAAUAUCUAGCUUGUACAAACAUUUGUUGAUCCCCCAGUGGGGGUUUUAUCAAAGGUCUAAUUAGGGAUUUGUGCACUUUUCCUGGCAUGUUCACAGCAGUUCAAAUUUGAUCUAAUUUAAUAACUUUUUCCUGUCCUUUUUUUUUUUUUACACCCAAAGUGCUCACCAGGUUAAAACAAUUAAAUUCUGUUUCUUGCUUAUGUGCAGAAAUCUUGCACCUCAGAAUUCAGAAUUGUUAAAAAAAAAAGAUUCUUAAAUCUAAAACUAAUUUGGUUUCAAGCAGAUAGCUAAAAUCAUCUUUAAGGGUUGGAAAAAAUAAUAAUUUGUAGAGGAAUUUAAUAGUAAUAUAAAGUAUCAUAUUAUAUAAUCUAACAUUAUUUGUCUUACUGUAUAUAUACACUGACUCUCUGAUAUUUAUAAAACUCUUUUAACAUCUUUAUGUUUAAACAGUUAGGAAAAUAAAAGGUAACAUUAUCUUCUAUGAAUAUUUUUCAUUAAAUGCUCACUACAAGAUCACUACAGCAUCUGUUACAGCUGAUGCUGUAAUUAUAAUUUGCACAGCCUUGAGUGCUCUCCAUUCAUCCCUUGGGCUUCACCUAUGUACAAAUUUGCAGGUGUUGCUAAGCCAUGAAUUCAUUCAGGGCCCAUAUUAGUACUGAGUAAAAUCAUUUCUUGCAUUCAAUUUGAGAUUGUUAUAAGAUUGUUUAAUUAGUCCCUAACAUACAAUAAUGUUUGAUAAAAAUGCAGGAGAUUGCUGUGUUGAUCAGAACACUCCUUCAUUGGAACAGCUAUAAAUGCAUACUAAAUAUAUGAAGAAGAGCAUACUGUAGAAUUCAUAGAUAUACCGUACAUGCAAAGAGGGAUUCUUGAUCUCGGGUAACAGAAAUGUAUAAGGACAUGACCUCUAUCAUCAGGCUAAGUUAUUUUAUGUUGUAUUUUUUGAUCAAGCAUUAUAUUACUAUGUCAAAAACCACAGAAAUGGAGUAUGAAAAUUUCCCCAUAAGCUUGCUGAAAAGUUCUUGCAUAUUAAGCUCCAUCAAAUGCAUGUAUGUGGACCUUAUGUUUUAACGUCGAUGCAGUAUACCAGUAGGCUUGUAGCAAAUAAGUCCUUGUUUGCAUUUGCCAAUUUGGUUUUAGUUGUUUUGUUUACCAAAGAUGAGUUUGUAAUAAUGCCACUGAAGUGCCUGAGUGUUCCUGAGUGUUUCAUUUCAAACCGCAAUUUGUAAAAUACCCUAUUCCUUAUUUAACAUUUUAAUUUAUACCUGAAAAGGAACUGUACAUUUUUAUAAUCUCACUAAAAUCUUUUUACAUUAGGAGCAUUAGCAUACAUUUUGAUUAUUAAAGGAGAAGAAAUGGGCACCCCAAAUGAUUUUAAUCACAGGGGGGUCCCAGCCCCCAGUAAUUUCACCUUUUCAUCUCCUUUAAGGCUGAUGCCACACCAUGCGCAUGGCGUAUAUUUUCGGCUUGCCGAAAAUAUGCGCCAUAUGCUCCUACCAGUGCCUGCACCAGUAUGAAUGGAAUACGCAAGACUUUGCAUUCUCUCUCGUUUUUAUGCGGAUAUCAGCUACAUGUGCCUGCACUCGAGCAUAUUCCAUU